AUGAUUGCUAAACGUGCCUUGUCUACUUUGAUUCCACCAAAGAUUGUUUCCGCUAACAACUUGGGCUCUGCUCCAAAUGCUAAGCGUAUUGCUAAUGUCGUUUCCUUCUAUAAGUCCUUGCCACAAGGUGAAGCUGCUGCUGUCAAGCCAUCUGGUUUGAUCGGUAGAUACAAGGCCAAGUUUUUUGAUGGUGAAAAUGCCUCUGGUAAGCCUCUAUUGCAUUUGGCCAUUGGUAUCUUGACAUUGGGUUACUCUAUGGAAUACUACUUCCAUUUGAGACACCACAAGGGCGGUGAACAUUAA